UGUUUUAUUUUUUUUUUUGGUAUUCCUAUUUCGAAUCGGUGAAUUUUCUAAAAUGCAGAACGCGUUGCCGAUCGCUUGUUUCCUUUCUGUUAUACGACCGCCGGGCGUGCAAUUCGAGAACGCCCUACUCCAGAUCACCCCGGUGAACAAGGACAAAUGCCCUUAUGUAAGGGAGAAAAACGAUAUUGGCUUUCAACUAUAUACCAGGCACAACCCCAACGAGCCACAGUUUCUCGGCAUCGAUGACGAUGAGAGCCUCUUCGCGUCCAGCAUCGACUUCCACGAUCGCACGGUGAUAUACUUCCAUGCGUUCAUGGAAACUCCGAUGGACGGCAGCGCGUUAUUCGUGAGAGAAGCUCUCGUGCACCGUGGCGACACCAACGUGAUCAUGGUGGACGCACAGCGUCUGGAGGCCGGUCCAUGGUACUUCACGGCCGCUGCCAAUACGUGGUAUAUAGGCCGAAUUGGGGGACAGUUCAUCGACUAUUUGGUAUCGAGAGGUCUUAAACUGAAUCAAACCCAUCUAGUGGGACACAGCCUCGGAGCGCAUGCAGCCGGUGUCGCCGGACAUAGCUUAAAAUCAGGUCGCGUGUCACGUAUAACCGGUCUCGAUCCGGCGAAACCUCUCUUUGACAAGAUACCACUCGAUCAAAGACUCGACCCCUCAGAUGGUGAAUUCGUCGAUGUAAUCCACACGGACGCUGGAAUAUUUGGAUAUAACAGGAACGUGGGGCAUGUGGACUUCUACCCCAACGGUGGGGUGAGUCCGCAGCCGGGCUGCGAGCUGGAGGUCGUGGUACCGCAACAGGAAUUGUUAAAUAAAUAUUUCUGCAGCCACUGGCGUUCAUAUAGAUUCUUUAGCGAAUCUGUCCUACGACCUAAGUCGUUUGUCGCAUCCAAAUGCAGUUCAUGGAAGGACUACUCCAAGGGGCGCUGCGCUAGUGGCGCAAGGGCCCAUAUGGGAUAUGGAGUGGAUAGGAAGGCAAGAGGGACAUAUUUCUUAGUGACACAUCGACAGAGUCCGUUCUCAAUAGAAUAAUAGAAUAGAGCAAAUAUAAUUAUAGUAAUAUUAUUGUAGUAAAUAAAUUUUAUAGCCAGUAU